AUGAAUCGCGAAGUUGAUCUAAUUCUGUACAUUCGAACUCUUCCAAGCAAUUGGGAAAUUCUAUUCCGACUUCCUACGAAAACAAAAGGUUUCUUUAGAAUUGCACAUAAGAGGAGACCCAGUUUCGAGUGCUGGAAUCUUGUGACUGUCACCUCAGGGCUGCGGAUAUUUCAGUUGACUGGAUCGGUGAGUGCUUUGAUUCUAAUCGGUGCUGCUGGUUCGCAUUUCUGUGCAACAUACGCUGCUAUGGCGACAUCAGCUCUGGCAUCCAUUGCAAGUACCACAUUUAUUCUUGUCUUUGUAUUCAAUCUGCAAAUUGUUGCCACAUCUGUUGACUGGAUAUUUUGGGAAUCCCUCUAUUCCGGUUCAUUCGCCUUCCUUUUCCUAAUCAAUGUCAUAGUGAUGACGUAUAGUAGCAUUCGAUGGGGAUAUACAACAUGGUGGUUAGCUACGGUAUGUUGGAUUGUUAAAGAAAAUUCAGCGACGUUAUUUUUUAGCACCAAGUAA